UGGGGUAAAGAGGACCAGGAGCCCUGUCUUGAAACCAGAAGCACAUUGUAAAGGACAGUGGCUCUAGCUGGGAGGAAGGGGCCGCAACUUGACCUGUAGGGCAUACAUCUUAGGAGGAGGUGCACCACAGAUGAAUAUUGGUGAUACCUCAGAGUUGGAUUGUCCACAAGUGGGCCACACACCUGUAGGCAAAGGGUCCGAGAGUGAACGUGGGGAGCACAUCUGGACAUGAGAGCAUCUCUGGGAAGCAGCAGCCACAGCUGAAUGUGUUGAUUCAUAGGGUCACAUCUGGGGGAAAGCCAACUGCUGUAUAUGGGAGAUCUAUCUGGGGAGGAGGGAGCCACAGGUGCAUGAAGAAUAUGCCUGAGGAUGAGAGGGCCCCAGGAUGGAACUGCUGGAGCCCCAACCCAGCACAGCUGCCGGGAAGGAAGAGCAGGAGCUGUUGGAGCGAGCCUUCUUCUCCUGGGCUGAGUUCAGCCGCUUCUUCGACAAAUGGUGCCAGCAGCGGCUGGUCGUCUUUUCAGUCAAGAGCUCCACUCACGUGGCACGCAGCCCUUGGGCCAGCGCGCCCCCGCUGUACAGGCUCAUCCACGUGCUCAAGUACAGCUACGUGCUACUGGUGUGCAAGGACAUGCGCGCGGCCAACCAGCCCGCAGCAUGGCCCCCCCAGCCCAGCUGCCCGGCCUUCAUCACACUCAAGCUGAGCCCCCUGCGGGACCGACUAGUGGUGUCCGAGUGCCAGCUGACCCACUCGCACCCGGCCUGCCCUCGGGAGUUCGCCUACCACUUCCGCCCUGGGCACCUGCUGGCCAACGCCUGCCUGCCGGUGCGCAUCACCAACCAGAUCUCCAAGCAGUUCGUGGCCCCCGCCGACGUGCGCCGCCUGCUGUCCCACUGCAAGGGCCCCGACCAUGGCGUGCUGGACGCCCUGCAUGUGCUGGAGGGGCUCUUCCGCACAGACCCCGAGGCCAAGGUGAAGCUGGUGUUCGUAGAGGAUCAAGCUAUGGUAGAGACUGUGUUCUUCCUGACAUCGCGCACCAGGGCGCUGUUGCGGCGUUUCCCGCGCAUACUCCUGGUGGAUCGACUGCCUGGCCUGCAGGGCACACUGGACCUGCUGGCAGUGCUGUGCGUGGAUAGCGCAGGACGCGCACGCCAGGCUGCCUGCUGUGUGGCGCGCCCUGGCACGCCAAGCCUCCUACGUUUUGUGCUGGUCUCAUUGCUUCAAAGCGCACCCGACGUCAAGGGCCGAGUGCGCUGCCUCACUGCGGGGCCAGAAGUGGCAGCACAGCUGCGGGCCGUGCGCCAGCUGCUGCCAUGCGCACGAGUGCAGAUCUGCCGCGCGCAAGGCCUCGAGACGCUCUUCAGCAAGGCUCAGGAGCUGGGCGGUGCCAGCCAAGAAGACCCAGGUCUGUGGCCCCUGCUGUGCCGCCUGGCCGGCGCGGCAUCCUAUGCAGCCUACUCUGAGGCACUAGCUGAGCUGCGUGCCCAGGGCCCAGCCGCCUUUGUUAAGUACUUCGAGCACAACUGGGCACCCCGCCAUGACAUGUGGGUGCGUUUCCGUGCCUAUGAAGCAUCCCGUAAUCUGGAUGCGUGCGCCCUGGUGCGUGGCCACCGCAAGAGACUUCUGCGCCGCCUCAGCCCCUCACACAGUGUGGCACAGUGCCUUCGCGACCUGGUGGCCAUGCAGUGGGCGGAUGCAGUGGGGGAGGCAGCCUCCGAGGGCGCUGAUGGUGAUGGAGCAUGGCUGGACAGCCAGCCCGGGAGGGGGGGAACCCAGGUCGAGAAUGAGAGGGUGAGAGGUCUGGAAACCAGUGAUUGGGGAGGAGCUCAGCUAGAAAGUGAGAAGGGGAGGGGAUUGCAGGCCAGAGAACAGAGAGGAGUCCAGUUGGAGAACCCGAAAGUGAGGGGGCUGGAUGGGAUUAUCUGGAGAGGGACCCAGUUAGAGAAAGAUCACUUGAGAGGGCCAGAGAUCAGAGACUGGAGGGGAGGCCAGUUGGAGGAUCAAAGGAUUAGGGUGUUAGAGAUCAUAGAAAAGAGGGGAACCCAGUUUGAGUCUGAAAAGGCAGGAGGUCUUGAAGGGAGCCCCUGGAGGGGAGUCCCGUUGCAGGAAGAAAGGGCAAGUGGUCUGAAACUCGGAGACUGGAAGGGGCCUCAGGCGGAAGUGGACAAGGACAAGAGACUGGGUCUCAGAAACUGGAGUGGGAUCCAUUUGGAGAAGCCCCUGGAUUUAGUCCCUGAGAACGGAGAUCGGAGGGGGUCCCUAGGGGGAGAAGAGGGGAGGAGGGGGCCAGAGCUAGCAGAAGAGAGGGGAGGGAGGUCGGGGGCCAAAAGAAGACGAGGCCUGGAAGACAUAGUUGUGAUCCAGCUCGGGGACACCAGGGUCACAGAUGUGGCAAAUGGAGACGGAAAGGGAGCCCCAUCCAUGGGCCCCACAAACAGAGCAAGACAAGGGCUGGACACAGGAGGGAGGGGUCCAGGGCUGGGGAAUGGGGUCCUGUGCACUACCCCCAUGGGAACUGUGUUGGAAGGCAAUCCAGAACGGGCAGUGAUGAGGAGUGAGUCCCCAGCUGCAAGGGAGACCCUGCAGGAAGGAAGUGAAGAAGGCCCAAGGGAACCAAAGAGGCUUUGCUGCCCCUCAGGAGAGGAGGAGGUAGACUGGGAGCCACUGGCCAAAUUCCGAGCAGCCUGUGGGCCAGAGCUGGCAGACCUGGUGGCUGAGGAGCUGGCCUUCGCCAGGCAGCACGGGACCCAGGGUUUCCACUGGACCGGAGCUGGGUUUGCUCUUAAGGAUGGCACCUCAGACUUCUUCCUGGACGGAGCGCUGACCCACUGCAGCUGCUCCAUCCAUGCGGCUCGACACCUACCCUGCCGGCACCUCUUUGCAGCACGCCUCCUCACCGGGGCAGCCUUAUUCCACAUGGACCUGCUCAGGGAUUGCUGGGGGAGCACCCAGGAACCCUGACCCUUCUGCCCUCUACCUGCCACCCUCCACUUGGAGGGCAUUCUUCAAUCCCAAAGAUAACAGUGCUGAGGCCAAGGAGGGCACCCCAGUCCCUCUGGUCACCUCCUGGGUCAUCCAGGGACUUCAUCUUGGCAGUUUGCCUCUCUGGGUCCAAGGGGAAGCUGGCAAUGGUCUCUGAGGUCCUAGAGCCACAGCAGUGGAAACUGCUGAUGGGUGGAUUCAGACGGCUUCCCUCGGAAGAGGAAACGUGAUGAGAGGUAUAAACAGGGUCAGGCCAAGGUGGAAAGCAGGAGAGGGGUGAGCUGGGGGGAGGGAGCAGUAGUGGAGGGAAGGGAUGACACCAGGAUGUGGGGAGGGUCUGGUCCGAAUUGAACUCGUCUGGCCAGGGAGUGCACAGGGGGUGGGGGAGCAGAGGAGGACAAGAAGACAUGGAGAGGAAAGGGCAGAGAAGAUAAAAGGGGAGACCCAUGGAGGAGAGGACACAGGAAGAUGCCGAAAUGGAAAAGAAGUAAGGAAAUGCAGGGGAGGCAAGAGAGGGUGAGGGUGGGAACCAGGAAGAGGAGGAGGAGACAGGGAAGAGGGAAUUUUAAAAGGAGAUGAGACAAAAGAGAGGUAGAGAGAGAACUGAGAGGAGAAUGGUCUGGGUGUUUCUCCACUUGGCUUUUCUUCACUUUCUGGUUGGCCAUUCCUGGAAAAAGGGGGAAAGGGCAACAGGGGUCUGGAGGGAUGGGCUGGAGACUCUCCUUAGGAAGGGGAACUGUCUGAACUAUUGUGCUUAAAGACCGGAAUAAAGCAGUACUAUUUUGGUUUCCAUGCUGAGUUCAUGGCUUCAGGGGGAAGGUGGGAGGUCCAGAAGCAGAAGAAAAUUGAGCUGGCUAGUGUCCCUCUAUUUUCUAUCAACAAAGCCUCCUGGGGCCAGAUGGAUGGAGGAGCCAUGGCAGCUCAGGCCUCGUCUUUCUCCUCUGGACCCUCAAAUGACUGGCCCCUGCUGAUCAUCUUUGCCAGUGAUUGGUUUGAGAAUGGACCUGUGACCAGUCCUAGCCAAUGAGUCUGCUCAGGUUGGGGUGGAACUUCUAAGAAAGAUUCCCUCAUUCCUAAGAAGUUUCAGAAUGAGAUGGUCUGGUCUAGACCUGCUUUGCAGUCACCCUGAGAUGGUGUGAGUAAGAACCCACACUGUGGAGGACUGAGCUGAAAGAUGAAGACAGUCUGACCUUUGCUUGGCUGAUGGGAGUUCCUGGAGUCUGCUCUACCACAGGACUUCUUAAAUAAAAGAUACCUUAGUGAUUUAGGGAAGUUCAGUUGGGGUUUCUGUUGUCACAACUGAUGUAGGCUAGAAAGUCCUGGUUGAGGUGACUGAGCACUUCUCAAAAUUGUGUUGAGAUGCAGUUGGAUUCAGUAGGUCUGGAGUGGGGCCUGCAAUUCAAGCAAACUCUGAUAAUGCAGUUGCGGAUGAACAGCAACAAAAGACAGUUCAGAGGUUCAAGUUGUGAGAAGUCAAGGGCUUCAACUGAUGCUUAAUGCUGUAACAAUGUCAGGUUUCUCCUCUCAUUUCUCCUGUUCUUUGUGGAUUCCUUCCAAAGAAGGCCCUCUCUUGACUGAGAAAUAUAGCUACUUGAAGUUCUGGUAACUUCAUGGCUCCAUGGCAAAAAGACUUUUCUACCAGCACCCAUAUAGUAAAUCUCAAGGAAGAAACUGGACUUAAUAAAGUUAUCUGAUAUCUCUGGGUACAUUAAUGCUGUGUAAACAAAAACAGCACCUCAGAGAUAUAUAACAAUGAGCCCUUAUGGCUUAUGUGUCUUGGGUCAUCCAGGGGGUUGGCUAGACUUUUGCUUUUCAAAGUAUGAUCCACAGAGCAGCAUCAUUGAGGUUUCCUGAGAGCUCCAUUAGAAAUACAGAGCAGGAAGAGAUAGAUGUAUGGUCAGCAGAACAGGCCAGGGUAGAUGAUUCUUCUAGAACUGAAACUUGAAAGACAUGUUGGCUAAGAAAAGAGGAUGAAGAAGUACAUCCUUGGCAGAGGUAGCAGCAUGUACAGUGAUAUUUUGCCCUUGGGAAAUGCAAGAAGAAGGGGAAAAAAGAAAAAGAAAAAACAAGGCUAGUGGCCUUUACUCCUCUCUAUAUAGUCCAGCUUAAUAUCUCACAUGCUCAUCCCACAAGUGAAAUCAGUCCCUUCAAGGUCUCUGCUGAAGUAUCGUAUCUUCCUGAAAGCUAUCCCUGAGCAUUCUUUCUAAAGUCACUUUACCCUCUUUCUACUUUAUUCUUAGCACUAUUUCCUGGAAUCAUACCAUAGGGCUAUUUACCAGUUUAGCAUUGUGGUUAAGUUUAUCAAGUAUGAAAUCCCAGCUCCAACCAUGUGGCCUUCAGUUGCCUGACCUCUCUGUAUUAAGGUUUGGGAAUAAUAAUAGAACCUACCUCGGGGCUUGGGGAUAAAUGGAUUAGUAUAUGUACCAGUGUUUUAAUGUUGCCUGCAUUUCCGCAACCCCCAAACCACCCCAAUUACCUGUUAACACAUAUUGUGUUUUCCAUUGACCCGUGUUUGCAAUUAUUAACAAUCGUCCCACACACCAAAGUGAGAGAUCGAUUUUAUUCUCCACUGUACCCCAAUGCCUGUGCAAAGUAACCUCUGGUUUAGAAAGAUCAUAGAAUAAAAUGGCAGACUGGC